AAUGCAAAAUGGCAGGCGGUGAGUCUCGCUCGGCGUCUCGGAAACACAAACUUUGACAGAAACCCAAAGUCUCAAUGAAGAAACGAACUUUAACCAGUGACCGAGUGAUGUGCAUAUACCAUAGAUUCUAAAAUGGCGAACCAAUUUAAGUAUGAGAUUCUCAAAAUAUCAGUAGCAGAGAUUUGCCAGACAAUCGGGUUCCAAGGCAUUUACUCAACCCCACUCGAUGUUUUGGCCGAUAUUCUGCACAGAUAUAUUUUCGAGGUCUGCAAGCUCACUCACAGAUACACCGAGCACUUUGGCCGAUCAGAGCCCAACCUCGAUGACCUCGGCCUCGCCUUCCUUGACAUGGGGAUAUCCGUGGCGGAGCUGGAGGAGUAUGUGAACAACGUAGACUGCCCUCCCUUCCCGAACACGGUCCCCAAGAUCCCGGUCCCAAGGACUUCUAACUUGAACUUCCUGAAGCCCGGCGCAAGGGAGAUCCUCUCGCGACCCAUACACAUCCACGAACAUCUCCCACCCAUGUACCCCGAGAAGGAAGAGGAGGAAGUGGACAUGAAGGUGAACACGAGCCUGGACGAUGUGCUUGGAGAAGGGUCAUCCUCUCCAAUGGCCUCCCCGCAGCCUGCAGCCAAGAGGUCGUCCGACAGUGAUGUAUCACCAGCCAAGAAGCCAAAGUACUCCCUAGAUGAUGAGGGGCAGCCCGUCCGAGAGAUCGUCAGUGUGAUGAUGACGACAUCCGGCUUCAUAUCUUCUGCUCGUGAGGGCAAGCUCCCCGAGUCCAAAGUGCCCAACAUCCCCAUGGCAACACCCAGGAGCUCUUCGCCCUCAGCUGCCAGUGCUCUUAGCAAGAAAAAGCUUGCUGUGGAGAAGUUGAUCCGGCAGAAGAACAACCAAGGUGGCCUGCAGAAGCCUCCCCCCUCCAAGUCACGUCCCACCAAGGACAAAGGCCCCUCCAAACCUGGCAGUAAGCCUAUGAAGGUGCUCAAGAUACCCAAAAUGCCCAAAAUCCCCAAGAUACCCCAGGUGAAGCCUGGCUCCUCUAUGCCCCAGCCAUCCCCUGCAAACACACCCCUGGCUGCCAGCACCCCAGGGCCCCCAGUGUCCCAGGGAGCAGCUGCUCCUCUGCCUACACCACCCAAGCUAAAGAUGCCUACGCCUAAAAUCAGAGUGCCCAAGCCCCCAAAGACACCCAAGUCUGAGACCAAGAAGGGCUCAUCCACACCCAAGGCAAAGGACACAAACAAGGACUCUGAGACAAAGAAGUCCAAGAAGGAGAAGGAUGCAGCCAAGAAGAAGGAGAAUGGUAAGGACAAGGAGGCAGGCAAGAAGGGCAAGGAGAGCAAAAAGGAGAAGGAAGGGAAGAAGGAGAAGGAGCCCAAAAAGGAGAAAGAGUCCAAGAAGGAGAACAAGAAGGAAAAAGAAAAGGAGCGUGAACGAGAACGUGAGCUAAUUUUGGCUCUGGCAGCCUCUGCAGAUGUGACCGUUACAUCCAUUCCCCCACCAGCCAAGUCACAGGAGGCCCCCCCAGACAAGUUGAGUAUCUUCAAGAAGAUCAAGCCCAAAGGGGAGGCCAAGGAAGCUGAUCGGACAGGUGAACGUGAAGUGCACCCGUCACGUGACAGCUCUCCAGACCUCAUGAUAGAUGAAAACCCUCGGAUGGCCCAGCGGAGACCGCCUGAGGACUUGGUCGUCCUGGACAACCCUGUGCCUGCACUAGAUGCCUCCAUGGAUGAGCUGGAUUGCUCACCUGGAGACUUCCCUUCCUACCAGGAUGACAUGUCCCCACCAGGCACACCCUCCACGCCCCGUACCCCAGAGCUGCCCCAGCUGGCUGUUCGCAAAACACCUGAGAAGUGGAAGGGCAAGGAGCGUGGCAGAGAGAGACGUCCCAAGAAGGACCGUUCUAAGUCACCCAAGUGUGGCUUCAGUCCUGGCCGAAGGGAGCACUCGGCCUCAGAAAGUGAGACACCUGACCGCCCCAAGACGCCUGAGGUGGGGCUGCCCUUGGACAGCCUGGGUCCCCCCUCCACCUCCACCCCAUUCUCAUUGCCCCCCUUCCCCAAUGCACCUGGCUUUAUUCCCCCUUUCUCUCGCUUCCCUUUCAUCCCUCCCUAUGGUGGUCCCCCAAUACGGCCGGGCAUCCCCCCAAUACCAGACCUACGGCUACCACCCCACACCUUCUUACACAGACUGGCAGCACCGGGCAGCAAGCGGCCAUUGGAUGACGAUCACUUAGGCCUGGAUGAGCCAGAACCCUUAGAGCGCCCCCUCACCCCUAGGCAUGACAGGGACUUCAGUCCUCUGCCACCCCCUGGGCAUCCCUCCCCCCUACGCUCACCCUCACCUACACAGUCGUCCGCAACACCACCUAGGCCACGCACCCCAGCCCACCAUUCCCCACCCCCACUUAUCAAAGUCAAGCCAGAGAAACCAGAGAAGUCAGAAAAGGAGAAGAAGAAGGAACACAAGAAGGAGAAGAAGGAGAAGGACAAAGAGAAGGACAAAGACAAGGAGAAAGAAAAAGACAAAGCCAAGAAAAAGAAGGACAAGAAAGACAAGGACAAGGAGAAGGACAAACUAGACAAGAAGAAGGAGAAAGAGAAGAUGAAGACGGAGAAAAAGGAGAAGAAAAAGUGCAAGAAGGAGAAGGAGGAAGCUGCCCCAAGACUCACCAUGAAACUUGGGGGGGCCAGCUCUCCCAUGCGCACCCCUGCCUCCCAGGCCCCGGCUGCAGAAGCCAGCACGCCCAAACUAGUGAUAAAGUCCGUGAACAAGCAUGAGGAAGAUUCCGGGCCCUCCAAGUCAUCAUCGUCUUCAGGGGGCUCCCAGGACGACCAGCCAGGCUCACCCGAGAUCGCCAAGUUCUCUGCCCUGAUCACACGACCCCCCCGGAGCCAGCAGAAGAAAGGAGAGUCGCCCCCAGUGGUCCCCAUCCUCAAGAUCAAGGAGGUGCAGAGUGCCGCUUCCAAGCAGAAGGAGGCUAAGGAGACCGCUCAGGGACAGCCCAAGGCCAAGGAGGCCAAGGAUGUGCCGCCACUGAAGAUCAAAAAUCCUACCCCAACGCCUGCCAAGGGGCCCUCAACACCCAAGGCGGCCCCCACGCCAAAGACGCCAGCAGCCACUCCCAAGAUGCCGGAGGAGAAGAAGUCGCCAGGAAGCAAAAAAGUCCGGGAAAAGAAGGAGAAGAAGGAGAAGAAGGCAAAGGAGCUCAAGUCAGCUGGACCAGCCAUGCCUGGCGGAGCUGGGCCUAGUUCCAUGCCUGCCAGCAGCCUGGACGUGGCCCUCAAUCCCCAGGUGCCGGCUGCGCCACCCCCUAUUAUGUCACCCCCCAUAGACACGCCCAAAAGUAGCAAGAAGCAAGAGCAGAGCACAGGACUUCUCACGGAGACUGUUGGACCAAUUGGGCAUUUUGUGGAUGACCAAGGGAAUGAGGUUUGGAUUUGUCCAACAUGUGGCAAGCAGGAUGACGGUUCCCCCAUGAUUGGAUGUGACACCUGUAAUGACUGGUAUCACUGGGUGUGUGUGGGUAUUCAGGUUCCCCCCAAUGACGAUGUCAACUGGUACUGCCCGCGCUGCCUCUCACAACACAAGCAGCGUGGGGCACCUCCAGACAAAAAGAAGCGUGGACGGAAGAAGAAAUAGAAGGACAGUGUUAGAUGGGUCCUCUGCCAUACGUUGAAUUAGGAUACUUGUUAUUGUUGUCUUUUUCCAACUCAAAGGAGCACACACAACUUCACAUCUUCCCCUGUAUGUUUCAUUGAGUGUCUUCUGGGCACCAAAGCCAGGCUACACUGGACUGGGGUUUGGGGGCCGCAGCACUUGGAUGUCCUGUCGUCACGUACUGCCUCCUCCAUCUACCUCCCAGCAGGCCAAUGUGGUGGAUGUGGGACCACGAACAGACUCAUUUGCAUUCAUUGUGUGUGUGUGUGUGUGUGUGUGUGUGUGUGUGUGUGUGUGUGUGUGUGUGUGUGUGUGUGAGAGAGUGAGAGUGAGAGUGAGUUCAUGCAUGAUUGAAUGUUUUUUUGCCUGAACUUAGUUCCUCCAAUCAGCGACUUGAUGGUCUUCUUUAUUUUAGUUUUUAUUUAUUUUUUAUUAUUUAUUUUUUAACUAAUUCAUCCUAAUGUUCCUCAGUUCUUUCCAACCACGUCCCCCCUUCACAUCCAUUGAUGGACUCGCGUAAAGUACAAGCAUGCGGCCGUGCUCAGUAAGAUUGGCCCAAAAGUUGUGAUAUACAGUUUCCCUUCUUUGUUGGUCUACCCUUGUUACAUGUAUUUUAUAUAGUAGUAAACUUAUGACAAUGUAAAGUAGUUUGUUUUUUAUUUCUUAUUUAUUUAUUUAUCUUUUUUUUUCAGUCUGCAGAAGUUUAAUUUGCUUUUAUUAAAAGAAAAAAAGGUAAAUGUGAAAUUGUAAUACCUUGGUUUUGGGAUUAAUAAAGGAAUAUAGUCAAGAUCAUAGCAGUGAGAAAGAACACUUUGCACAACAAGAAUACACUAUUUUCCAAAUUUUGGUACUUAAGUUAUAUAUCAGUAGUAUAUAAACAACGAAAUGAAUUGUUGUUAUUAUAAAUAUAUCUUUAAUUUUUAUUAUAAUUUUUUUUUUUUCCGAACACAUCUGAUUAUGAACUCUUAUUUAAAGAGUCUUCCAUGUGCCUUCUGAAGGUUCCAGUUUUAUUUUUAUAGUAUUUCCAAAGACUAUAUAUAUGUUGGAAUGUAUGUAUUAUUUCCUUUCACCUACGCACCCCCGAUUAUUCUGUAGUCUAUUUAUGUUAUCCUCUGUAUUUUAUUUCCUUUCCUUUCGUCCCAUAAAUAUAUAAAUGUAUCUUUCUUCUAUAUUUUCCUCCCUCCCCGAUGUUCUUUAAUAAUUCAGUCAAGCUCAAUUUACUCAUAAGCCAUUUACAUAUUUCCCCAUAGCUUUUAAUCCAGAAUCUUUCUUUACAGCUUCCCUCCCCCUCAUCCCAACCCCCUCCUUCUCUAAGAAAAAAAAAAAAGUAGAAAAAAAAAAGCCAAUAAAUAAAGUUUUAUAUAGCCUUAGGAUAUGUUUUUAAAAUGAGAGAAAUAGCUGCAUUUACUCUUCACAUUUUUGGGCUUCUUUCUUCGUCUGCAGUUGCAAGAGUGCGGUGUCCCAGUCUUUGGUAUCUAUCAGAAUUGAAAGAAGAGCCAUUUUGGUUAUUUAUUUAAUUAUUUAGUUUUCUUCUUUUCUUUUUUUUUUUACAUCUUAACUUUGCACCAUCAGCUCUACAACCCAGUGGAAGUCUUAGUCAUUUCAUUGAGGAAGCUGUUACUGUUCUUUCCCAGAUGCUGGGGCAAUUCAUCAGCUCCCACAAGACAUUUAGAAAAAAAGAGAAUAAAUGUUACUAUGCACACACAGUAGUUCUUCCCAAAGUUAUACUUCAUAAUUCUUUUUUAUUGCCUGACAAUUGUAAAAAAAACAAAGGAAAAAAAGAAUAAAAAAAAGAACAGGUUGAUAUUUUUGUUACUAUCAUAGCUCUAGGGAUUAAGGAGUGGUUUGCUGUGGAAUUCCUUCCCUCUGGGGGUAAGGGUAGGCUAGCACUGUACAGGUUUUGCGUAUUAUAUAAAAGGUAGAGAUAUUUAAUAAAGACCUGUAUGACACCAAGUGUGAUUUUUUGCCAUGAGAUGCCCUAUCCCACACCCCCAACCUCUGGGCAUCAGUUAUUUAAAAUAAAGAACAGUUUUACAGUUCUAAAAAGUACCUGCUUUGAAUCUAUGUAACUUUAUUGAACAUUAUUAUUGUUGCCUCUUCUGGUAUUUGUUUAUUAUGACUUUGUAGAUAUUUGUAAUUAAAGUAUAAAUACAUGUGAGAAAUAUGUACAAAA